CUGAAUAAAAUCAUAUAAAAUUUCAGAAAAUAAAAAAGUAUGAGCGAAUUAUAUUUUGGUCUGAAUCGCUGUUCUGGGCCUGUAUUAUACUAUUGACAAUCCUGUUAAAAUUUGCCAUGAAAAAGUACACAUACUUUCACAUAUGUUUGUUGGAUAUACUUAUUCCGGGAACGUUAUUGGCAAUGAUAGCAGUAACCUCGAUGACAUCGUUCCUGCUUGUCAUCUCUAUAGGAAUCGCUGACUUUUGCCACAACUCCACACAAAACUUUAUUAACCUCGAACUGCUAGAUAUAUCACAGUAUACCAUGAAUUACUACCUAAGCGGUAAUGACCCAGAACAUGCGAUAAAUAUAUCUAAUAACCCUUAUUUAUUGGACGCACAAAAGAAAAUGCAUAAUGUACAGGGAGAAAUAUCGUCUAUAGAUUUGAAUUCCUUAAAAGGAAUCUUGGACGAGCUUGUCUACAACGGCACUCAAAUUGCGAAUUCUGUUGCGACUAAAAGUGCAUUUACAGAAUUGAGAAGAGUACUUUGUGAUGUCUCAAUUGAGGGUCUUUUAAUACAGGCAGGCAUAGCCGGUCCAUGUGCCGGCCUUUUUCUCACUUUAAUGUUACUUGCAACUUGUCAUGUGAGAAUAUGGCAGAAAGCGUUAUUGUGCAUAUUUUUAACGGAAGGAGAAAAGUGUUUUAGUAAAAGCUAUAAUUGCCAGCACAAACCUUGUAAAAUGUUAUUGCAUUUGAGAAAUAUCACAGGUAAAGGUUCAGAAGUGACUAUUUCACUUUCGGAUGUUAAAUAUGAUAAGAAAGAAAAAACUCGAGUUGGAAUAGCAACGACAACACCGACGGCAACAACACCAACGGCAAUAGCAACAACGACAGCAACUGUGACAACAACAUCUGAAGAAGAUUCGGCUUCAGAUAUAACUAGCCCAGCCAGUAGUAGUAAGUAGCGACAGUCGUUCAACGAUAAAAUAAACGUCCACGACACAGUCACGACAGAUCUUCGUGAUAUAGGAACAGGCUAGACGCGACAUAAUGGGAACGCGCCCUAAGGGUGCUAGUGAAAUUACAAGCACAUGGGACUUGUCACCUAAUGUUUCAGGGUGACCGGAGCAGUGGCAAUCAAUACUUUGUUAUAAAUGCAAAUAUGGAAUUACUUACUUAAAUUACUACAUGAAUUGCUCAUUGACAUAUAUAAGAAAUUCGUUGUCUAUGAAACCCGAUCUGCAGCUAAGUUAGUAAAGCAAUGGGAACCGAAUCCCGUGGUCGCAGGUU